CCGGCGCCGCUAGCCCCCGACCUCCUCCCCGGCUCCCGACGCCGCCCGCCCCCCACAUCUCCUCCCCCGAUUCGGUGGUCGCCCUGCCCCCACCUUCUCCCUCACUCCCGGCGCCGCCCGACCCCCAACCUCCCUGGAUCCCGGCCGCUCCGCCCCCACCUCCUCCCUCACACCCGCCCGCCCAUGCCGCCUAUUCGCGCCCCUCCCACACACUCUCGACCUCCUCCCGGCGUGCCACCGCCCCUGCUCCUCCCUCCUCCAGGAGGACGCGCCGCCGCCCCUGUUCUUCCUUCCUCCUGUCGGCGGGUCAGGUCCCUCAACAUCGCGGCGUCGGAGGCGGACGCAAGGCCGGUGCUGGUGCCGGGGGGCAACAAGGCCCCGGCGGCUGCGUGGAAACCUUCUCCCAAGCCGCUGCGGAAGGCGCCAGAGAAGCCUCCGGCCGCUGACCCGGUCAAAGAGGAUGAGUUGCAGGGCGUGAAGAAGGACGCGGGGGCCGCCACUGCUGUUGGCGACGACGGCGCUAGGAAGGGGAACUCGUCCCCAUUGCCGCCGCCGAGGAAGCUGCAAGAUGCACCGGCGGUGAACCUCAACGCGUCCUGCUCCUCGGAGGCCCCCGUGGAGUCGCUUCGCGGCCAGGCCCCAGGCGGAAGGACGGAGAAGGGCUGGUCCCGGCCGACCGCGCCCAAGCGUGGGAAGGCUGCGUCUAAGGUGGUGGAGAAGCACACCGAUGUCGCGGAGGUUGCCGCUCCGGUGACGCCGGAGGCCGUCCGAGGGAGGAGCCGGUGCGCCUGGGUGACUCCGACCACCGUUGGAGAUGCUGCUGCUAUUUGUUCAGAUUGGGGGAGGCUAGAGAGGCUUGCUUGAUGUUGUGUUUGCUACGUCAGAGAGCAGUGAGAACUGAGAUUUGGGUGGGG